AAUAAGUAGCUUAAACCCAUUGAACAAUAAAGUAAACAAACAUGAUUUUUAAAAAUAUUUCAUUUUAAUUUUUAAACUAUUACUUAACAUUGCCUCUUUUGAUUGUUAAAAAAAAUAUAUUUUCACUUAAUAAAAAGAAUAUAAUUUGCUUAUUGUUCAGAAUCUUUACUAACUUCCAUUUAACUAAGUUAUUGCUAUGUAUUCGGCAUUAAAAUUUAUAAGAACACUUAAGAUUUCCCGUUUAAGUGCAUUUUCGACAUUUCAGAAAGAAUUCUGCUCAAGUAGUUCAGAAGACGUGGUGGUUGUUACAAAGCUGAAAAAGUUGCAUCUUAUUGGCAUUAAUAGGCCUGAGAAGAGAAAUGCCAUUAAUACAGAGACAUCUAAACAGUUAAUUAAAGCAUUUGAAUUAUUUGAAGAGGAUAAUGAUGCUUAUGCUGCAGUUUUAUAUGGCAAAGGUGGAAAUUUCUGUUCUGGUUAUGACUUGAAUGAAGUAGCUGAAGGAAAAAGUUUGAGUGAAUUAUCAGCUGAAACAGGACCUAUGGGGCCAACUAGAAUGCUACUAAAGAAACCAGUUGUAGCUGCUGUUAAUGGAUAUGCUGUUGGUGGAGGUUUUGAAAUGGCUCUAUGGUGUGAUCUACGAGUAAUUGAUGAAACGGCUGUUAUGGGAUUUUUCAAUAGGAGGUUUGGUGUUCCUCUCAUUGAUGGUGGCACUGUUAGAUUACCUCAAAUGAUUGGUUUGCCUCGUGCCUUAGACCUAAUACUUACCGGCAGAUCAAUUAAUGCAAAAGAAGCUUUUGAACUAGGGCUUGCUACAAAAAUAACAGCAUGUGGUACAGCUAUAGGAAAUGCUUUAAAUUUAGCAAACAGUCUAUGCAAGUUUCCUCAAGAAUGUUUACGAGCUGAUAGGUUAUCAGCAUACAAUUCUGCUUAUAAUUCAGAUUCUUUAAAGGAGGCAUUAGCAUCUGAGUAUCAAAAUUCUAAGCAUGUGCUUGAGUUGGAGUCAGUAAAAGGUGCAGAAAAAUUUGUGCAAGGUGUUGGUAGACAUGGAACAUUUCAUAUAGAUGCUAAAGAAGAUUUUGUUUAAUGAAUCUGUAACUAUUUAACUUUAAUAUUUGUUACAAAUAGUACUCAUUUUUCAUGAUUUGUACAGUGAUUAGUGCAUAAAUUAUUUUUAUAUUUCUUCUAAACUCAA